AUGGUGCUGAAGCUGGACCUGCACGACAACAAGGACAAGCGGAAGGUGUUCGAGGCGGUCUCCACUCUCGACGGUAUUGACUCCAUCUCCGUGGACAAGGAUUCCAAGAUGACAGUGAUAGGGCUGGUCGACCCCGUCGACGUCGUGGCCAGUCUGCGCAAGGUCUGCUCCGCCGCCAUCGUCUCCGUCGGGCCAGCCAAGGAGGAGAAGAAGGACGCCGAGAAGGAGGGCGACAAGAAGAAGGACUCUUCAAUUCAAAUCUACAAUGUUGAAACUGAGCUCACGGGUCAUCAUAAAAAGAUAACUGGACUAGCAUUUUCGCAAUCAAUGGAGGUGCUUGUAUCUUCAGGUGUUGAUGCUCAGGGGAGCAUUUCUCGCAGGUUAGCCCUACAGUGUGUUGAAGAGCACAACGUUGGCCAGCUGGCUAACAUAGCUGUGGAGAGAGUGAGAUCCAUCUUUGCCAGUCGGUGCAAUUUUGGUGCAUUAUGUCCACGCCUCCCAUAUUUACAUGUAGUAGAAAUGGUAGAAUGUCGUGUUUCCAACAAAGACUGCAUGAAAGCUGUGUCGGAGAAUCAUCUUGGGAGUUUACUUCACUUGAGGUACCUCAGAGUAGAGAAUAUCAAAAAGCCGCCCGAGGUUGGGUAUUUGAGGUUUCUGCAAACACUGGAUAUACGGAACAGCUGGAUGAAGGAGCUGCCCGAGGAGUUUGUGAAGGAGCUGGGCCUGCUGAAGGAACUGAGGGUGCUCAAGACUAGGAUUUCUGUUAGGAGUGAGAGCAUCGAGAGUGCUUUGCUGGAGUCCCUUAGUUGUCUGCACAAUAUCCAGGAACUUGAAAUUUUGGAAUACUUCUCUCCAAAUAAGGGCUGGGUGAGCAGCGAUGCAGGACGGGUCUCCUGUCGGCAUCUCCGUGUCCUGCGUUUUCACUGCUUUGUGUUUUCUGGACUGCCAGUGUGGAUUAACUCGUCGCUUGCUCCAAACCUAUGCUAUCUGGAUCUGCUAGUGGUAGCUGUGGAAGACCAGGACAUGGAAACCCUUGCCAAGUUGCCAGAGCUCAGUUGCCUCAUACUGCGUUCAGAAAGUGACACCAAGUCAGUAGUUAGCAUAAAGAUUCGUACUGAUGAAGGUGUUGGCUACUUCCGCAAGUUGAGAUUCUUAAAGAUACUCGGUUCAUUUAUCAGGUUUGAUGUGCGCGGCAGCGAGUGCAACAGCAGCAGGGUACCAUCUAAUAAUACUAUCAUGCCAGGUCUUGAAUCCCUUGAGUUUCGUGUUCAUGUGCGGUCCCUAAAAGACGAGAAGCUGCAGCUUGGUUUUGACAAGAUGCUUGGCUUCCAGAACCUCGGAACAAAUUCGCUCCAGCGAGUCAAAGCCGAAGUGAACUGUGAAGGUGCCAGUAUUUGGAAUGUGGUGGAAGCAGAGGCUGCAUUGGAGCACGCGGCCGCAGUCCAUCCAAAACAUCCCACCCUUCUAACCAAGAGGGUAGAAACACAAUAUAUGAUCGAGAUCUCACGCUACCAAGAGGAUAUUCCUGCUUUGAUUGACACGGUGAUGAAGAGUCCUGUUACUGCUUCGCUCGGCCCCAUGGCUACUCUUCUCCGUAAAGUUGGUUCCCUCAAGUUCAUGGCUCCAUGCCCAAGUGAUGACGAUAUCAAACAUUUCAAGGAACAUUUUGAGGUGUUAUGCAGUGAUCUGUUGGAGCCAGAGGAAACUAGCUCCAUGCCCAAGUGGUGGAGGAAGGAGGUUCGUGAGCUCCUUUAUGAUACAGAGGACCGAUUGGACAAGGUAAUCCUCUUGCCUGGUGGUGAUUUCUCAGAGUUAAUCGCUGGUGUGGAGGAUGCAUAUGAAAGACGCAAACGUUUGAAGCUAGCUCUUAAUGAUAAGACCAUAAAACCUGACCUCGGUGAAGCCAGCUGCCUCACACCUGAUGAAUGGACAUCCCACAAGCUGUCGAUGCCCAUCUCCGCUGGCAGCAGUUGUAUAGUUGGAGUCGACGAGCUCAUGAACAAGCUCAUCAAGCAGCUGGCUUUUGAUGACCAUAACCAAAAAGGGCUCAAGGUGGUCCCAAUCCUUGGAUUCCCAGGUGUUGGAAAGACAACAGCAGCUGGAACCUUGUAUCACGAGCACAGAGGGAAAUUCCAGUGUUCAGCUUUUGUACGUGUUUCUCGAACUCCAGAUAUGAGGAGUCUCCUCAUCAGCAUUCUGUUACAAGUUAAGGCACCGUGGCUCUGGGCCUUUCCUGAUGCCCACGACCUUAUCGAUGGCAUUAAGAAGCAUCUGGAAGGCAAAAGGCCAAAAGAAAUUGAUUUGCUUCCUUGUGUAACCUGCACACACACUGACACAGAGAGGGAGGAGAGGGACAAUGUCCUUGAUUCAGGUCAGGAUGGACAACUAAGAGAAAUUUACCUGAACUGGCUUCAUCAAUGGAUUUUAACGUCUUACUUAAUAUAUACGUACAGGUACUUCAUAAUAUUGGAUGGUCUAUGGACCGCAUCAGUAUGGGAUAUUAUCAGCCGUGCUUUCCCCGAUGGUAAUUAUGGCAGCAGAAUAGUAACAACCACACAAAUUAAUGAUGUAGCAUUGUCAUGCUGUGGAUACUACCCAGAUUAUAUUGAGAUGAGUCCUCUUAAUGAUGAUCAAUCAAGAAGAUUAUUCUUCACUAUGGUAUUUGGCUCUGAAGAUUAUUACCCUUCAGAUUUCAAAGAAGUUUCAUAUAAGAUUAUUAAGAAAUGUGCUGGCUUACCAUUAGCAAUUGUAAAUGUAGCCAGUCUGUUACGAAGGGAAUCAAACCUCGCUGUGGAGAAAUGGGAACACAUACAAGAUUCUUUGCCUUCCAUUUUGUGGACAAAUUCUACUACUAACGAAGCGAUGAGUGACCUUUCCUCUGAUACUGUUAUUGGAUCUGAAGGUAGCCAGUUAGCAAGAGGAACUAAGAUUGAGAAAUGGAAACACACAGAGGAUUAUUCUUUUUGCUCCACUUUCGAAGGGUUGAAACAAAUUCUAGGGUUUGUCUACAAUAAUCUUCCGCCUCAUUUGAAGACAAGCUUGUUAUAUCUCAGUAUGUAUCCCGAGGGUUAUGUGGUCUGGAAGCAUGAUUUAGUGAGACAAUGGGUCGCUGAAGGCUUUAUGAAUGCCGUGGGAGGGCGAAGCGCAGAGGAAAUUGCUGGGGAUUAUUUUGAUGAGCUUGUCAAUAGUGGAAUCGUCCAACCUGUGGACACCAAGUAUGACAGCGAGGUAUUGUCAUGUACAGUUCAUCACAUGGUACUUGAUCUUAUUAGGCACGAAUCCAAGGAGAUGAACUUCAUCAUUACUGUGGACCAUUUGCAGUCAUGGCUAGCACAUCCUGACCAAGUUCGUCGAUUGUCCAUCCAGUUCGGAGGUGCAAAAAGUGCAGACAUACCAGAAAACAUCAUGAUAUCGAAACUUCGAUCACUUCUGUUUUGUGGUUUCUUUGACUGUGUACCUUCAGUCGUUGAUUAUGAGUUUCUACGAGUUCUUAUUCUUGAUAUUUGGGGCAAUGGAGACGAGAUGAAGUUGGACCUCACAGGAAUUUGUGAGCUGCUUGGACUUAGAUAUUUGAAGAUCCAAUGUAAUGUCAUGGUGAAUCUGCCAUAUGAGAUAAGCAGGCUAAAAUACUUGGAGACACUAGAAGUGGAUGCAAGAUUAUCUGCCGUUCCAUUUGACAUUGGUCGUUUGGAGAAGUUAUUGCACCUUCUCCUUCCGAGUGAGGCUAUUCUGCCACCAGGGUAUGGCAGCCUCCAAGAUCUCAGCAAGAACUCAUCACGAAAUGUGAUUGAUCUUGCCGAGCUGACCAACCUCCAAGAUCUUCGUCUUGUGUGUUCUACUUCCACAAUACUGUCUGACUCAAUGAUGAAACACCUUGCCUUGCUUCUGGGGAUGUUAAAUAACCUCAGAUCUCUAGCUCUGCAUGGUGAUGCAGGAGCUUCUAGCCUGAGCAUUUGUGAUAAUAGCUUGAGUAACGUCUCUCCUUCACCGGCCCUCCUUGAGAAACUCGAGUUGCGGCCACGGGUUUGCACCUUGUCAAGACUCCCUAAAUGGAUUGGGGAACUCAGCAGACUCGCCAUCCUAAAGAUUGAAGUUUUAAAUCUGUCGAUCGAUGACAUUGCUAUCCUGGAAGGACUGGCAUCACUCACUGCUCUCUCUCUCUGUGUACUGGCAGAGCAUGUAGAAUGGAUCGUCUUUGAGAAAGGAUUCCCAGCACUCAAGUACUUCAAGUUCGUUUGUACAGCACCAUACAUGUCCCUUUUGGAAGGAGCAAUGCCCAAUGUCCAAAAGCUCAAGAUAGCCUUCAAUGCGAACAGAUUGCAGCCAGAAUAUGAUCCGGGGAUUUUUGGCUUCAAGCACAUGACAAGCCUUACAGAGGUCACUGUAAAAUUUGGAGGGGCCAAUGCUGAUGAGUCCAGCAAAGGGGACGCAGAACGUGUACUGAAGGACGCCUUUGGCAACAAUCCAAGCAGCCCUAUCUUGAACGUUCAGUGGGUGGAUUGCAUUUUUUAG